AUACCUCCAACCGAGGUAGGUGCGGGUUAGUAUUACAUUGUUGUAAUUCGUUUACGUUCGGGAAUAUAGCUGUGCCAGUUCGAAACCAGACCCAUGUCGACCAUGGUCGGGUGAGUAUGUCUGUCCGGGUGGGACAUCCUCCUCCGCACCUGUGGUCCGUGGUGAGAAGAAUGCAGCUGAAGCCUGGGGCGAAGCCUAGGCCAGACACGGCUACCCUGGACCGACCCUUGGUCCUGGAUCCUCAACUACUUAGGAAGGUUGACAUGACGCGGCUGACACGUGAUCGUCUCAUGACGAUUGAAAACCUCAUCAGCUCGCCGAAGAAGACACGAGGCUCUCCAAGGGCGAAGGAAAAAUCUGGAAAGCCUCUUGCAAAAAGUAAGUCUAAAUAUGAGAAGGAAGAUUGGCAAGACCAAAAGAACUCAAAUGAAGAAUUUCCGAGAAAAAACUCAAGAGUGAUCAACACUACCUUCCGAGUGAGAUCGCAUGUACGCAAAGGCCUUCGAGAAGUAUUUUCUCCUCCUCAAACCAAGGAGAAAAUCAGCCCGAAGUUGAAGGAGAAGGAUAAGAAAGUGGAGGACGUUUUUGGGACUUUGAUACUCAGUGAUACUGUUCCUUCUCCAUGCAGCACGUGCGGAAGAUCGGAAAGACCUGAGAGACUUCACGCGCAUCCUUCAGUCCCGCAGAACAAGAGGACCAAACUGAAGGAGGACCAGGAGAACACGGUCGUGCAGAAGAGUUCAGUCACAAAACCAGUAGCGAUGAAAUUCCGUAGCGGGAAGACAAAAGGGAAAAUGGAAAUGCAGAGAGCGUCUUCUCUGGCAGACCAGCUGAAACCGAAGGAACAAAAGAGAGUGCCAUUGAUUAGGAGUGAGACCUUCAAGAUUGAAAGGGAUGCAAAACUUGUGAAGAAGAAAACACCUUCUCCUAGCCCUAGUAGGAAGGGUUCUCUGGUGCAUCCUCCUCCCAGGAGACCAGCGCUUCCUCGGACCCCUGAGAAGAGUCCUAGGGCUGUGUCACCAGCGCCUCCACCCAUCCCUGUGACGUCUAACCCUGUGGUACAUUCGGCCUCGCCCCGUCGGCCUAGGACUGUCACCUGCUACUUGUGUCAGAAACAGUUUGGCACGGCGUCCUACCCUCUUCACGAACCCCAAUGUUUACAGAAGUGGCAUAGAGAGAAUCAAGCUCUCCCUGUCUCCCAACAGCAGGAGACACCGCGACGACCAGAGCGAGAGAGAGAUGGAGAAAUAGCCUGGGAGAACGCGUGGGAAGCUGCACAGGCUGCGAUGGUCGCAUGUGAAGGAUGUUCCAAGACGUUUCUGCCACAUCGGCUGGAGGCUCACCAGAGAGUUUGUCCCAACAACAACAACGUCAACAACAUCAACAACAACAACAAUCCAUACAAGAAACCUGUACAAGCGAGAGUGUUGCAAGACAUUGAGAGUGACAGAGAGGAAGGCAGUGAACGCAGCGUGUUGUUGGAUGGACCAACGUCUGUGCACUGCCACAUCUGUGGUAGAGUGUUCAACCGGGCGGCCGUAGAACGGCACGAGCAACAGUGUCUCAGGAGGUGGCAGCUUGAGCACUCCCGAGACUCUGGUAGCUCUGCCCCCGCCUCCGCUGCCAGCUCACCCCCCAGUUCCGCGCCCUCGACUCCUCGGCGUCGUCUGGUCCUCUGCUACUUGUGCGGACGUCAGUUCGGGUCCGCCUCCAUCGCCAUCCACGAGCCCCAGUGUCUGAGGCGUUGGCGACAGGAGAACGAUCGUCUACCGGCGGCCCAGAGGAGAGCGGAGCCCGCCAAACCUGACGUCGUCUAUGACCCAGACGGCCACGUAGAUAUCCAAGCCACGGCGGAGGCCCAGUGGCAAUGCCAUCUCGUCCAGCUUGUGCCUUGCGGAAAAUGCGGCAGGACUUUCAACCCGGAUAGAAUCUCCGUUCACGAAAAAUGCUGCAAGGGCCCAGUCAAGCACUGACAUAGAGUAUAUAGAGUCAAACUGACAAUAUUUUUGUAAUCGUAGAGUAUUCAUUAAACGACUUAUUUUUAUUGAA